CAGAGUUUGAGCCGCCAUCAUUUACACCUUGUGUUUGGUGUCGUCUUCAGGAUUAAUAAAUCCUAAUUCCACCAUCAUCCUUUCCUCAGUGACUGACAGCUGAGGGGCGGAGCUAGCAGACGGCGGCCAUGUCAGUUCUGUUCUGGAUCUGGAUCCUGAUGAUGGAGAACCACGCCUUAGAGGUCAUCAAGGCUCACAGCGGGGGGGCGGUGCUGCUGACCUCUGACCUCCAGCUGCAGCUGAAGCAGGACGUGCGCUGGACUCACCCCGACCUGCUGGUCUCUCUGAAGAACAACGUGACGGCCUGCCCUCACGGCCGCUGCCAGCUGCUCCGAGACGGCUCGCUGCGCUUCAGCCGGGUCCAGCCCGGAGACUCAGGGAACUACAGCCUGCAGGUGUACGAGGAGGACGGGACGCGGGUGCUGAGGAGGGACUUCCUGCUGCUGGUGGAGAGCAGCCAAUCAGGAAGAGGAAGCAGCGGAUCAGACUCUCAGGUCCGCUGGAGGACAACCUGUAUGUGGAGAUGCACAGUCACCGUGGCAACAAGAGGGAGGAGGACGAAUGUCACUAUGUUCCCUGUAAUCCUGCUGUUUCCGUGGAAACACCAAUACCAGCGCAGAGUUCAGAGGAGAACGUGUACAUGUGACGGCCAAUCAGAGCUCUCCUCACCUGCAUGUUUCUCUGUUUACAUCUUAAUCAAUAAAGUGAGGUUGUUUGCAGACGUUAGAGAUGUUCCUCUUUUAUUUUAA